AUGGAGUACACUGAGUACACUGAGUACACCUGGAGAUUGAACAGCUCGCAGAUCGGCAAUGAUUUCGUCGGUGGAUUUUCACCCGCUUCCGGCAUUUCAAUCUUCGAGGCGCGGGUGCCUGUGAAGUGCUUCGUGGCAGCAGGUCUUCAGAGAGAAUUCGUCCAGAAAGGCGUUCUGGGGACAGUUGACCUCUCCUGCGUCUGCCGGGCGCAACUUUUCUACCUGUUGUUUGGCUUUCUGCACUGCAAAGGUACUGCGCGCCACUGCAAGAGCGAGAGCCGAAGAGAGCGGGCUCUUCGAGAGAGGGAAGAGAGCGAGCGGCGUGGCCGCCGUGGUGAGGAUGCCAUCAUUGCAGCGCGAGAACGUGGCCUCCGAGAAGUGGAGUUGCUGGCGGGCUUUGUCGCUGGACCGCUGGCCGCGAUGGCGUAUCCCUACCUGAGGGAUGCAUCGGCGGAACUGAUCAAUGGGAACCAGCCCCUAUGCUUUGAUUUCAUUGGCCUUUGUGGUUCCGUACCGGAAGCCAUGCAGGUUUUCUUCAGGAACACCGUCGGACUCCUUUUCAGUUUUCUACUUGGCUACACAGCGUCCUUUCUGUUGGCGCGUCAGGAGAAAUUCUACGAAGCGAUGUACGAAGAGUCGGCGGUGCUUACGCAACUCCUGGAGGAGGCACCGCUGUUACUGGCGGAGCCUGAACUUCUGUUGCUCUUCCGAUUUGCUCGACUGUACUUGGCAUCGAGCACCUGGCGAAAUGCGAGCUUCAUCCCUUCGGAGCUCGUUGCCCGGACACUGCGCUCGGACAAGGAUCCUGUGGAGGAAAUUUCUCGGCUGCUGAUCUCAAUUCAGACUCCAGGCAGUGAACGGCUCUUGACAGUGGUCACUGCACUGCGAAUGGCUCGCUCGAGGAAGUAUUCAUCUAUGCAACGCAUCAUCCCCACCUCGCAAUUUGGGUUGCUGGUGCUUCUUGGAGUUUUCAUCACGCUUACGCCCUUUCUGGAUGGCAAGAGCGAUACAAGCGUCCUAGCUCAGUUUUUGUACGGCCUCCUGGUGGAAGUUCUCAUCUUCGUCAUCGUCUACGUGGGGGGUGGACCAGGACUCGGCAUCUACACCACGGACCAGGAGCGCAAAACCAUUCUCCAAGCGCUAAUGCAGUUGAUCGACAAGACAGAAUCUGACAUAGGUAGGAAGAGACGAGCUUCCCAACCCGUCCCAAAAUCCAACGAAUCCAACGAGUCCAACGAAUCCGCAGCAAAGACGCAAUUCGCUCUGUAA